AUCAGUGUCGGACACGUAGUGGGGGAGAGAGAGCAGGUCCCGAUGCACAAGUCGCGGCAACCGUCGGCGGAGAUGAAGCCGGACUCCGACUGGCUCUGAUUCUUACAAGCGCUUCUCUCACAGGAGGUCGGUUGCCAGCGGUUAUCAAUAUGGCAGAGCCCUUAUCCCGAGCACCCACCGCUGCAAAAAUGGCGUCACUGGACCGGGUCCGAGCUCUGGCGAUGCUUUUCUUAACUGUCACUUGCUGCUGCGUGGCCCCGGCAAGUGGCAAGGAGAGCUCCGAGGAGACCGUCAUCAUUGGACUGCGACUGGAGGACACGGACGACGUGUCCUACAUGGAUAGGGGCUACCUGCGGGUGAGCGAGCGCUCUCGGGUUAAAUUAAGGGUGUACGGGCAGAACAUCAACAACGAGACGUGGUCCAAGAUCGCCUUCACCGAGCACGAGCGGAGUCGGGCGCUGGGGAGCCUUGACAGCUCCUCGGGGGACAACCAGAGCCAGGAGGAGUCGCCUGGCUUGCAUCCCUGUGGUAUUCGGACUUCGGAUAUUAUCAUAUUCCCCAACAUCAGCUUGAACCGAAAGACGUCUGGAAUAGUGGAAAUCGAGGUCAAGCCCCUGCGGAAGACGGAGCGGAGCAAAGCGUAUUACCUCUGCAUCGCCACCUCUGCACCGGCUGCGGCCGGGCUGCACGACCCCUGGACGGAGAACACCUGGAUCUACCACGACGGGGAGGACACCCAGGUGAUCGUGGUGGAGGAGAAGAAGUUUCUGCUGCCUUUCUGGCUGCAGGUCAUAUUCAUUUCCAUGCUGCUGUGCUUGUCAGGCAUGUUCAGUGGUUUGAACCUGGGGCUGAUGGCUCUGGACCCCAUGGAGCUUCAGAUAGUCCAGAACUGCGGCACCGAGAGGGAGAAAAACUAUGCCAAGAAGAUUGAACCCGUCAGGAGUCAAGGGAAUUACUUACUUUGUUCGCUCUUACUGGGAAAUGUUUUGGUGAAUACCACGCUGACCAUCCUGCUGGAUGACAUUGCAGGUUCUGGCCUGAUCGCUGUGGUCAUGUCCACCAUUGGAAUAGUGAUUUUUGGGGAAAUUGUUCCUCAGGCCAUCUGCUCCAGACAUGGCCUGGCUGUAGGUGCCAACACUAUAUUCCUGACAAAGUUCUUCAUGCUGCUCACCUUCCCGGCCUCCUACCCGGUGAGCAAGCUGCUGGACUACCUGCUGGGCCAAGAGAUCGGAACCGUCUAUAACAGGGAAAAGCUGCUGGAGAUGCUGCGGGUCACGGAUCCUUACAACGACCUGGUGAAGGAAGAGCUGAAUAUCAUCCAGGGAGCGCUGGAGCUCAGGACUAAGACAGUGGAGGACGUGAUGACCCCCCUGAGGGAUUGCUUCAUGAUACCCGGGGAUGCCACGUUGGACUUCAACACCAUGUCAGAGAUCAUGAAGAGCGGCUACACCCGCAUCCCAGUCUUCCAGGGGGAGAGGUCCAACAUCGUCGACCUGCUUUUUGUCAAGGACCUGGCUUUUGUGGACCCGGACGAUUGUACGCCACUCAAAACCAUCACUAAGUUUUACAGCCACCCUCUUCACUUUGUCUUCAAUGACACCAAGCUGGAUGCCAUGCUGGAGGAGUUUAAGAAAGGUAAAUCCCACCUGGCCAUAGUGCAGAGGGUGAACAACGAGGGCGAGGGAGACCCCUUCUACGAGGUUCUGGGGAUCGUCACCCUGGAGGAUGUUAUUGAGGAGAUCAUCAAGUCAGAGAUCCUGGAUGAGACAGACUUGUACACUGACAACAAGACCAAGAAGAAAAUCACCCAUCGGGAGAGGAAGCAGGAUUUCUCGGCCUUCAAGCUGACUGACAAUGAAAUGAAGGUUAAAAUAUCACCUCAGCUUCUGCUGGCUACCCUGCGUUUCCUAGCAACAGAGGUGGACCCUUUCUCACCCGUGCAAAUGUCUGAAAAGAUUCUGCUGCGCUUGCUGAAGCACCCCAACGUGAUCCAGGAGAUGAAGUACGACGAGAAGAACAAGCGAGCAGCGGAGCACUACCUCUUCCACAGGAACAAGCCUGUGGAUUAUUUCAUCCUCGUCCUGCAGGGGCAGGUGGAGGUGGAGGCUGGAAAAGAGGGGAUGAAGUUUCAAGCAGGACCUUUUUCCUUCUACGGGACGAUGGCUCUGACCACAUCUCCAGUGUACGCCCCGCCCCUUCCCCGGCUCCUCACAAAUAACUUUGUACUGUGGUUUCCUCUGGCAGAGAACAAGUCUCCUCCACGACCGUUUGGACUCAACCACUCGGACUCUCUGAACCGCAGCGACCGGAUCGACGCCAUCACGCCGACUCUGGGCAGCAGCAACAACCAGCUCAACUCCUUCCUGCAGAUCUACGUGCCAGACUACUCGGUCCGGGCGCGCUCAGACCUGCAGUUCAUCAAGGUCACGCGGCAGCAGUACCAGAACGCGGUGAUGGCGUCGCGGAUGGACAAGACGCCACAGUCCACCGACAGCGAGUUCACCAAGAUCGAGCUCACCCUGACCGAACUCCAGGACGCGGUGGACACGGCCGCCGUGAGCGCCGCCGCCCUCCACACCAGCAGCACGCCCACCGUCACCGUGGCCAUGGCCAACGAGACCUGCCACCUGCUCAACCAGCAGCAGAACUGUGUGGGUCUCAGUCGGAGCAACCACAGCGACGGGCCCAUCUAGCGUCCCCAGCUGGGCGCGGUGGAGACCCACCGCCUUCACCCUGUCUCGCAGACAUACCACGCUCGUGUAGUUGGAGAUGAGGGAAGCGCGGAGGCAGGCGGAGCCAAGGUCAGUGCCCCCCAUCAGCGAGUCAAUACACCCUUUCAUAAAGGGGAGGAUACGUGCUGGAGCGCCCCCUCCUGGACGCUCUCCGGCUCCCGGCUCAACACAGGCUGCGCCCGACGGAGCUUCUCAAUGGGACAAUCUGACACUUUACUGGGCGGUGACUCGGACUCGGAGGACUGGAGCGCAUGAAGACCACCCCCUCUCCCCUCCUCCCCUCCCAGACGUACACAUUCACACGACUGCAAGCAUCUCCUCCUCAGGCCAAAGACCUUGGUCCCCCUGUUGUUACACUGGACGCUCACUCAUGUUCUCACUUCGCUCCAACCUGUGCAACUUUCAGGGAAACUCAUUGGACUACGAUCCGGUCGGCGAGGACUCCAACCCAAACGUCACAGACUCUGCACCAAAAACCGCAUCGAAAGAAACCGCAUCACCACGAACCAAGAAUGUUUCCUGUAUUUAUUUAUUUUAUAAUAUUGUAUGUAUAUACAUAUAUAUAUAAAUAUAUAUAUAUAUGUACGCGUGGAGACGUGGCACGAGUGGCAUGGGAGCGUGCCGCGGCCGCCGCCGCCACAUCAGCAAGGACAUGCUACAUAUAUGUAGAGCUACUGGUGUACAUGAGCAGGUGGAGGUUUUACAGAAACACUAUGUAUAUUUUUACUACGAUCCUACAUCGGGCCGACGGUAGACCUUUAUCUUUUUCACCUUUAAAAAAAAAAGAAGAAAAAAAAAAAUCACACGAUUGCCUUUACGAGAAAUCACCUUAAUUAUUUUUAACAAAGUGCAAUGAACCACACUUUAUUUAAGAGAUGAUUAUGACAUUUAAAAAAAAAUCACGUUAUUGUAAAUUGACAGAGAUAUUUGUUUGUUUGUGUAUUUGUUUUGAUUUGGAAAAUGCAAUGCUGCACCCCAAACUAAAUCGCCAGCUACCCCCCUCCCCCCUCUCGCCACACGUGUCUUCUUCAUCACCUGGUCGCCGAGGGAGACGCUCGAGGAAAGUGCCGACUCAGCAUCUGUACACACGCAGUACAGUUGUCCGUCUCCUGCUCUGUUUGUUCGUUGUUAGUUUUAAUCGAACUUGAUAAUUGCACAGUAUUAAUGACCUCAUCUAAAAUGUUGAGCAUCAACGUCACAAAAAGCAACCUCGACAUUAAACAUGUCCAUGAAUGAUACGACUGUGUGUGAGAGAGAGUCUGGAGC